AUGAAUUUUAUUUUUCUACCCUUCAUAUUAUCGUUGAUUGUUGCUGAAGCUGCCAAGCAAGGUGUCACAAUAAAGGGAAAGCUUAAAUGUAACGGAAUACCAUUGGCUGACGCUAAAGUCAAAUUAUAUGAAAUUGAUAGAAGUAAGGUUGCAAUUAUAAGCGAGGUAUUACAUUGUAGUGCCUGGAGACUCUGACGACCUGUUAGACGAAGGAGUCACUUCAACAAGUGGGCAAUUUAUUCUAGAAGGUUACACAUAUGAAAUUGGACAAAUUGAACCAGAACUUCGCAUUUAUCAUCGAUGCAACAACCAAGGUCGGGUAUGUCAUAUGAGUUAAUAAUAAAAAAGCAGAAAUUAGCAAUUAAGGUUCACAGUUUUUUAGGAUUGCAAACGCAAGGUAAUUAAGCCAAUACCAACAGAUUACAUUCACGAAGAAAUGAAAUCAAAAAUUUACAAUUUCGGAACAAUGGACGUUGCUGUGCCAUUCGAAAACGAACAUGAAUCUUGCGACGAUGACGAAUUUUAA